UUCUAAAAUCUCUAUUUUUCAGAUGGCCCAAGACUGUGGAAGUACAGGAACACCUUGCCAGUGGUGGGUUGUGAGGUUGAAUUUACACCUGACCAACAGUACAAGAUUAUGCGUUCAGCGGACUUACCAGUUGUGUACGAUCACAAUAACCCAUCUCCUAACGUUCAGACUGUGUCCAAGGUAAUAGAGAGGGAUGAAUAUAAGAUUCGCAAAAAACCUAAAGGACGAGCAAAAUUUAUUGGACAGAGUAAGGCAGAGAAAGAAAUGGCUUUAAAGCUAAUUGCUGAAAUUCGGUCCCAAUCUGUUAUGGCCUUGGAUACUCUGGAAUGUAAAAUCUGCCACCCAGCACGUCUCUUCACUGCUCCGUCCACUCUGCUCUCCCAUUACCGCAGUCAUGCAGGUAUCCGCCCAUAUGAGUGUCGAAUCUGUGAGGCAGUUUUCACACGUCAGCAUUCUUUAAACUACCACAUGCUGAUCCACACCAACCAAACCCGGUUUACAUGUGAGGACUGUGACCGCAAGUUUCGCCAUCCUUCACACUUCAAAGAACACCGCCGGCGUCAUACUGGGGAGUCUCCUUAUGAGUGCUCAGAUUGCCUUAUGAGGUUUAAAACUCGCAAUACAUACAAACGACAUUUGAGAACAAGACAUGGCAAGUUGUUGACGACCCAAGGAGCCAUCAUCAUCCUGUCACAGGAAGAGGCAGAUCGCAUGAAGAAGACACAGGGAAGAAAACCUCCCAGGACCCGUCAGCCUCUAAAGAUUAUUAGCCCUGAAGCUGCUGCUCAGAUGGAAGAAGAGCAGAUAUGGACUGACUUUGAGGAAGGUGAUCGUGAGGAAGAGAAUGAGGAUGAUGAUGAAGAGGAAGAAGGAGAAGAAGAAGAAGAAAGAAGAAGAAGGAGGAGGAGGCUCUCAUACAGAUGA